AUGGAUUAUUAUAUCCAGAACAUAUUCACAGCUGUGCUCUUUGCCGAGUGCUUUAUGGGGAUCGCUUUAAAUAUGUUUAUUGUGGCCGUUUAUUUCAUGAGGUGGAAGGCUCUGAAAUCUCUGGAAACCCGUGACAAGAUCCUCACCAGCCUGGGGAUCUCCAGGAGCCUUUUCAUGGCCAACGUGCUCAUUGCUUAUUUGAUGCGGUCAUAUUUCACCUGGAUAUUAAAAAGCAUUCUCUUCAACAUAGGCAUUCUGUUAUGUGGAAUGUUACUGCAUUCCACCGACCUCUGGAUCACCACCGUCCUGUGUGUGUUUUACUGUGUGAAGAUUGCAAACUACAGCCAUGAGUUACUUACCUACAUGAAGACCAGGAUCUCCAGACUGGUUCCUCGGUUCAUCCUGGCUUCUCUCCUCAUUUCCCUCGCCUCCAGCAUACCAAUUAUUCAAUACGGCCUUGUCCUUCAUACACACAACUCAACACACGGCUUUCUUGGAAAUUCCACAACAAACAACGCCAAUAUAGGAUAUGCUUUCUUGGGCCAGGUUAUCAUCUUCCUCUUGGGAUCUCUCCUUCCAUUUCUCGUCUUUUGCGGGGCUGUCUACCUGUUGAUUCGGUCUCUUUGA